AUAAAAUGGGAAGCUUGCCAAACUUGAGCGAUCUUUCAACGGAAAAGCUUGAACGACGGCUAGAGGAGCGAGAACGCAUCCUAGCUCGAGAACGAAUCAUUCAGCGUGAUUUUGGCCGUGAAAAGGAAUCGAUACGAACACUCGAACGACCCGUCUUUAUCCACAAGCAACAGAUUGCUGCAGCAAAAAGUAUUUUUCAACAAAAAUGUCCUCCAGGCUCGAGGAAGGUUAUGAGAACACGAAGCUCUGGUCAAGCGCAUCACAUAUGGGACGACCCAAUAAUUGAUCAAUACCUAACCAACUAUUCGCCGGCCUCUAACCGUAGUCAUCGCAUCUCGGUUGGUCCAACCUUUACCGCAGCCUAUCAGUUUCAGUCCUCAUCACUAGGGAACAGACAUCGGCGCGAUUCGGUCAACAGUUCCAUCGGGGCAACAUCCGUGCGUAAGCUGCUGACGGUACAGAACCGCAGUUACGGCUGUCGGCACAAGAUCCCAUCACACGUACGCUCGAAGAUGAUGAAGAAUUUCAUCCUGGUGGCUGUGGCCCACGGUUUCAUGUGUACCGCACUGGUACCGCUCAUAGUACUGCAGGGCUCCAAUUCGACCUGGUUCCAGCAGGAAUCCUGGCUUGCAGCCGGACCGGACGUUGGUUCGGGAUUGCUAAGCUUGUGCUGUGCCGUAACGGCCGGUAUGAGCUUAAUGACGACCAAGCUGGUACAACGCUUUGGGUACUCGAUCGUACUAGCGGCUAGCUAUGCUGCCGUCUGUUUAUUUCUAGCUGCUCACAUCUAUCCCGUACUACUUUUGCUGGUUCCCGGAUACCUGCUGCUUGGCCUAUUUCUCGGACCUUCCGUCAUCUGCAAACAAGCGCUGCUAGUGUCGAUGGCUGGGAAGUUGAGCUGCUCUCAGCCGGAGUGUGGCGGUGCUAGUACUGCCGGUGCGAACGCCGAUAGUUAUGAUGAUCACCGGUUGCUGUGUAGCCGACAGGAACAAGUCCGUCGGCUAGGGCGAUAUUUUAAAGCAGCGGGAGACUUUGGAAUUAUCGUUGGUACGAUCGUGGCAGCGUUUGUUUUGACAUGUGCUGCGGGUUCGAACCGCAUUGGAUGCUACUACAUAUCGAGUCUCGCUCCGUCCGUUCCGAAUGCAGCGCUUACCGGUACAGUGAACGGGACGACACCAACUAUUAAUGGGUCUCACAACGACCAACCAAUAGAUGGGGGAUUACCUCUGUACAGGGACAUGCUUAUGUCACUACCGGAAGCUACGGAAGCUACGGUAGCCGACAUAACGACGACUGACGGUACAAGGCCUGCCAAAGCUACAACUUCCAAGGUUGUUACUCCUUCGAUGCCAACGUUACGUGAAACGAUGUACUUCCUGUACAACAUCCGACUACCAGAACCAACUGGGAAUGGUGAGGAGGGAUCGCAUCCUACCAGCACGUCCAGUGGUCCAACCGGUGGUAGUUCCGAGGAGCUACGUGAUGCAGCAGGCCCGUACAUGGAUCGGUUUCCGUACAGCAUGUUCCAGACGAACGACUACGGUGAGCGUAUCUGUGGAUCACAUCUUUGCCCGGUUUGGGACAAAAACGUCCCGGUCAAUAGUAGCGCGCUGGAAAAUCAGCUCAAACUGCAGGGCUAUACGGGUGCCACGCCAUUGAUGUGCGUCUAUCUGGUGUUUGGUGUGCUAGCAUUUACUGUUACCGCUUUCACGACGGACAUUGAGUUUAACGUCAAGUUUGACUCUAUAAGAAGGAUGUCUGACACGUUGCUGUUUGCCGGACCGCUCGCUUACUUUGUGGGCACCGAACAGGCAUACAUGAUGGCGGACUUUAUGAAGGCUUUUGUGGCAUGCGAACUGGGGCCGAACAGUGUGGCAGGUGUUCUGGUCGGAAUGGGUGUAAUGCAACUGAUCGCUGCCUGCACCCUUAGUAUGCUUCUGAAACACACUAAACGUGUCGUAGUUAUUGUGGCUGGCUUUAUGUUCCAUGCUUGUCUACUGCUUGUUCUCCUGCGCUGGAAACCUUCCAGGGAUGACAGUGCCGUACUGUACGUCAUACCGGCCGCCUGGGGUGUGUGUAACGCAGUCUGGGAAACGCUCCUUUUUGCUUUAACGACGCUCACACACCCUAACAAGUUCGCCGAAGUGACAUCACCCCUGCAAGCACUGCGAUUCCUCGGCCUAGCCGUCACGUUUGCUGGCCAUGGUGUAUUGUGUGAGGCACCGAAAAUUAUCAUCCUAGCCAUACUGCUGGUCAUCUCCGUCAUACCGUACACGAUGCUGGAACUGAAGCUGGAAAAUCAACGGAAAGCACUAAAGCUUAGCUUGUGACGAUUGUGUGCGCACGAAUACUAAUGUUCGGUGAAGCAGAAGCACUACUGAAGCAUCCCCA